AUGCCAUCAGGUGCUAAGAAGAGGAAAGCUGCCAAGAAAAAGAGGGAAAAGGAGGCCAACAACAACUCUUCAAUCAACACCAACAAUCCUCAAGGAAAUGAUGAUCCAAAAAGCCAUGAUGAAAGAGAGAGUGACGGUGGUGAGGUUGGUUCCCCUGUAUUGCAGGACCAACACAACCACCAGCAUCCAUUUAAUGAGGGGAAUGGAGAAUCUGAGAAGAGAGGCCCAUCACCUUCUAUUUCAUUUGUCCACCAAAACAAGCCCAUGGAGGGAGUCCCUGCGGAUGCAGAAAGAAGCCUAAAAGUUGAACCAGAGGACAACAAUACUGUUAAAAUUGAGAGAGAAGUGGACUCUGAGCAAAAUGUGGAAAGUAAAGUUUUUAUUAUUGAGCACAUUGAUUCUCCAAAGGAAUCUCAUAAUGAAGAUGACAGGAGCUCUAGCAGUAGUAGUUCUAACAACGAGCCUCAAGCUUUUGAGAAGAAAUCGAAGGAAGCCAAUGACGAGGAAAAGAAGGCUGGUUCUUUUUCUGAAGAGGUGAAGCGGAUCCCUGAAAAUGACAAACCAGUCAAGGAAGCUAAUAGUAAUUCUGUUUUGGAAACUGCCUCUGCUGUUAGUUUGAUUAAUCCUGUUGUGCCCAUUUCUGAGACGGAGAAAUUUGUUGUGGAGAGUGGUCACGUUGAAAGUCCAAAGGUUCUGGAAGUGGUGGAAUCCGGUUUUGAAGAAGACAAAUUGUUGCCUGUAUCCAAUGAGUUUGCUGAAGUUUCACCGGCUAUUGUGGAGCCAAAGAAAAAUGAGGAUAAACUUUUUCCUAUCUUGGAUGAGAAUGUUGGGGCAUCUUCAAAUGUGAUUAGUUCUUCUGUACAUGGAAAUGCAGGGAAAACAUUGGCAUCAGCAGACAGUAAAACUGGUAAUGGUGGAGAAAAAUCCCAAGGCACUGAUGCUCCUGAAAGUACUGAAAACCAGCCUCUUCCUGCUUCUGCUCCACGAGUAGCAGAAAGAACAUGGUGGAUGAGCUGCUGUGGUUUAUUUGAUGUUUUUACAGGUUCCAAUAGAUAA